AUGGCCUCAAAAACUGACGACGCCAUUGUCCAAUACGUUAGCAUCUCCACCUCCGCUCUCACCUCCAAAAUGGCAGCCCAUCGUGCCGAUGCCAGCACAUUUCUCGACAAUCGCGGCUACAAGGGACCCCUGGUCCGCGGCGUCAAUCCUGCUACCCUCUUCGAGAAAGCCGUGCGCGACCGCAUCACAGACUCAUAUUACUGGAAGGAGCAGUGCUUCGGCUUGAACGCAGCGACUCUAUGCGACCGUGCUGUCGAGCUGACCUGCAUUGGCGGUACAUACGGCGUCUCCGAGAAACCGACUCCCUUCCUCUGCCUCGCCUUCAAGCUUCUUCAGCUUGGUCCUGACCGCGACGUCAUCCUUGAAUUGCUCAACUUCACCGACCCCGGCAGCGGCGGUGAAGACGAAGAACCAGAGUCGGGUGUUGUCAAGGACCGGGGCGAUUUCAAGUACCUGCGCGCUCUGGCAGCGUUCUACGUGCGACUCACUUUCGACGCGGUCGAUGUCUACAAGACUCUGGAACCGCUGCUUCUCGACUACCGAAAACUGAAGCGACGAGUGCGUGACACCUUCACUCUCACAUACAUGGAUCAGUUCGUGGAUGAUCUUCUCACAAAGGACCGUGUGUGCGGUACCAGUUUGUGGAAGCUGCCGCCGCGAUCACAGCUGGAGGACUUGGAUUUGUUGGAUGAGCGCAUCAGUCCAUGUGACCCAGAUGCCAUGGAAUCAGAUGCCUCGGACCCAGAAGCCUCAUGA